AUGGCUCUGCUCAUCGACAAGCACCGUCCUCGGACGCUUGAGACUCUUACAUACCACCCCGAGUUGUCCGACCGAUUGCGAGCCCUCGCGAACAGCGGCGAUUUCCCUCACCUCCUCAUCUACGGCCCAUCCGGCGCGGGCAAGAAGACCCGGAUCACAGCUACACUGAGAGCCCUCUACGGCCCAGGAGUCGAGAAGAUCAAGAUUGACAGUCGUGUCUUCCAGACCACCAGCAACCGCAAACUCGAAUUCAAUAUCGUCUCUUCCAACUACCAUCUCGAGAUCACACCUUCAGACGUUGGCAAUUACGACCGAGUCGUCGUUCAGGAUCUUCUCAAAGAGGUGGCUCAGACACAGCAGGUCGAUUUGGCAGCAAAGCAACGUUUCAAGGUGGUGGUGAUCAAUGAGGCGGAUCAUCUAACUCGAGAUGCCCAGGCCGCGCUCAGGCGGACCAUGGAAAAGUACAGUCCCAACUUGCGCCUCAUCCUCCUGGCGAACAGCACGAGCAAUAUCAUAGCGCCCAUCCGGUCGCGAUGUCUGCUGGUCAGAGUAGCUGCGCCAACCGAGGAGCAGAUCUGCGAAGUGCUAGCCGAAGUGGGCCGCGAAGAGAAGAUGGUCUCGUGUGAAGCAUUGGAGAGGAAGAUUGCAAAGGAGAGCAAGAGGAACCUCCGAAGGGCUCUGCUGAUGUUCGAGGCGGUACACGCACAAAAGUAAGCUCAACGAUGCUCCUAGUAUUAUUGCACUCUCGCUAACCGGGAACUCAGCGACAACGUCUCUGACAAGACACCGAUCCCGCCGCCAGAUUGGGAAGCGUUGAUCGAGCAAAUUGCAAAGGACAUCAUCGAAGAGCGCACACCAGCACGGAUAUUGCAAGUGCGAGCGAAGCUGUACGAUCUGCUCUCGCACUGCAUUCCAGCCACGACCGUUCUGAAGGUCAGCCUUGUGAUCCCCACGUCUUAUCUACGGCGCAGUCCAGCACUGACAAGAUUCGCAGACUCUGACCUUCAAGCUCAUGCCGAAGCUCGACGACAGUCUCAAAUCUGAUGUAGUCAGAUGGAGUGCCUUCUACGAGCAUAGAAUCCGCACCGGCUCCAAAGUCAUCUUCCAUCUCGAGGCUUUUGUAGCUAAGUUUGUGAGUUCUCUCGAUAGCCUGUCCAUUCCCCUACGCCAAAGGUAAUUUUGCUGACCUUCUAUCCUUCUACUUCCAGAUGCGCAUCUACGAGAGUCAUUUGCUCGGCAUGGACCUCGACUUCGACGACUGA